AUGAGCAAAGACAGAACAAAAAUACCGGAUAGUCAGUUUUUAAAGAAUCAUAUCAAAUUUAACCGUCAUAUCCAAGACAUGUUAGAAAGAAAUAUUGCAAUAACAGAAAACACAUUAACUACAUAUUGUCGUGAAGUUCAUAAUAAACAACCAACACAAAUUAAUGAGGUAUUCUCUGGGAUAGGGUUAGAAUUACAUAAAUUAAAAUGUGUUCUUGUUCAGUCAAGUGAUGAAUAUAUUAAAGAGAUUCAAAACCAAAUUGAGGAUGUGAUUAAACCAAUGCGUAAAGAGUUUGUGUAUUGUUGUGAUACGUUUGGGUUUCAAUUAUAUGAAGGAAAGCAAAUUGAAUGUUAUUCUAAGUAUGAUGGAGGAGACGUAUUUAUUGAUCGUGAAUCCCGAUUGUCAAAUGGAAUUAUAGGAUUAAGUCCAGAUGGAGAUAUUAUUUAUCCAUUUAUUGUUCUUAAUAAAACUGAAUGUGCAAAGAAAAGUACUUAUAAUGAAAUUGAAAAGAAAUGUAUUUUUUCCUUUAAUUUAAUGUUAUCAAUUAAAUCUGCUGAUAUACAAAAAUGGUGUGUUGAGUCAUUAAUUCCACAAAUUAAUGAAAAGAAAAAAAAAUUAAAUUACAAUGGAAGAGCUUUAAUCAUUAUUAAUCAUUUUGUAUUUAAAUUAAUGAAAAACAUAGAGCAUCAAUUAGAUAAAACAGGGAUAGAUGUGUUUGUUUUACCAAAAGAUUAUGGAGAUGAAAAUGAACCAAUUUAUAAAACAAUAGAACUUUGUGUUAAUCAACUUAAUAAUAAAAGCUUUUCUUUUCUUAAGAAAAGUCAUACAAUGGAAUAUCUUCAAUUUCUUAUUAAAAAUAGUGAACUUAUUAAAGAACAAUUUAACUUGGCUUAUCGUUGCAAUUACACAGGAGAUUUGAUUGAAAUUAAUCAAGAAUUACAAAAAGAAAUUAAUGAAAUUGAACUUAAAAAAGUAAACAACGAAAGAAAAAGUCUUCAAAAGAAAGAAAUAAAAGAACAAAAUGAGGAGGACAUAAGAAAAAAAAGUGAUAACGUUAUUGUAACUAAAGAUACUCCAGACGAUAGUGUCAAAGAAAAAUUAAAACAUAAAAAUGAUACUAUUGAAACAAUUAAUAAUUUUGUUAAUGAGUUAAUAAAGGUUAUUGAAGGUGUGCCUUUAUCUUUAAUUAUUUGUUGUGAUGUUUACGAACCACCUAAUUUAAAGAAAAGUAGUGGAUGGACUACAAGAAGUGGAAGAAUGAGAAAGAGUGAAGAAGUUAAAGAAAUGAAAGCAAGUGUAAUACUUUGUAUUAAUGGAGACGGAAAAGGUGCUCGUCCUUUAUGCUGUGUAAAAGAAAUUGUUAAAAAACAAAUGACAUUACUUUUUAAUAACAAAGUAUAUUUUAAAGAUACAUCUGAUGGUUAUAUAAAUGAAGAAUGCUUUUUAUUAUGGUUAUAUGAUGAAGUUAUACCAUUUGUUACUGAACAAAGAAAGAAAACAGGCAAUGAAGAACAACGAAUUGUAUUAUUGAUUAACGAAGAACUAAAAAGUUGGAUUAAUGAAGAACAAAUGAAACAAUAUCUUAUUAAAACUGUAUUCGUUCCAAAAAAAUUAAAAGAAGCCACAAUGCCAUUACAACAGGUGUUUGAUUGUAUAGAUGAAGAAGUUAUUAAUUAUGUUGACCUAAAAGAGUCAGUUUGUUUUACUACUUUAGAUACAUACUUUGAAACCUUCGAAGAAAGUGAAGAACAAAAUACACUUAAAAUACAUGAAAUGUUUAAAGAUUUUAAUUAUACUGAACUAUUACUCUUAGGAGAUCAAGAAGAAAUAGAGUCUAUGAAAAAAAGAAUUAUCAACUCAAUCUUUCUUUUUGAAACUCCUAUCACUAUUGACAUACCUCACAACAUUGAUGCAAUCACGUCAUUUGAUUUUGAUAAAACAGAUUUAAAUAUUAGAGAAAAGAGAAUAUUAUAUCGUACUCUAAUAGAACCUAAAUUUAAAGAUAUUAAAAAUGCUUCAUUACAACUUUAUUUCCUUCACCUUAAAUUUCCACGACUAGUCUCUCAUCUUUUUCCUUUCUUUAAUGAUUUAACUCAUCAGAAACGUUCUUUAAAACGAUUGUUUGAUGAUUGA